AUGGUGCACAUUGUCACAGGACAGCUCUCCCGUGGGGGCCUGUGCUGGCAGGUGAGAGAUGAGCCACUUGGUCACGUCUUGACUUUUGCCACAGUUGCACACAGCGUCCUUGGCCCCAGGCUGGAGAGACAGGAGUCAGGGAGCGGUCCCUUAGCAGCUCUGCAGAGACCUUUGAGCCCCGGCUGUAGGGCUGCUCUCCCAGGGCCUCGGGUGGGGGGUCAUGGAAAGCACCUGAGGUUCGCUGAGGUGCCAGGGGUACCCCCGGUGCCAGAUGAGACUGAAGGUCCGUGUGUUCACAGGGACUUGACUGAGAACCCCAUGACAGCUCUCCCCAAUGGUUCCUUCCUGGGCUUCAUCCAGCUGCAGAGCCUCGCGGUGCCGCUGACCCUGGAGUGUCCAGGCGGGAGUGACGCCUGGCAGGACGUGACAGCGGAUGGGAGCAGCCGGCUGUGCCAGGGACAGAGGAACCCCUGCAACAGCUCUGUGGAACUCGCCUGGCCAUGCCCUGAAAACUCUGUAUGUGCCCCUGACGGACCCGGCUUCAGCCAGUGCCUCUGUGACAAUCCCUUCCACGGCUACAAGUGCCUGCGUGAGGGAACAUUCCCGAUGCUUCUCUUUGGAGGAAUCCUGGGCACUGCCACUGUGUCCCUGUCCCUGCUGCUGUGGGGCACCCAGCGGAGGAAGGCCAAGACCCCCUGAGCAGGGCAGGGGGCCGUGCCUGGGCUGUAAGCUCUGAGGCCUGGGAGGCUCUCGGGAUCAAUAAAGCUGCAGAUCCUC